AUGUCUGUUAAGACUUUUGGUAUUGGCUCUGUGGCUCAAGUGGUUUUAGGAAAGGGCAAUUUCGGUGACUUUUUGUCCAUUAAUUUUGGUUGGGGCUUGGGUGUAACAUUUGGUUGUUAUGUAGCUGGUAAUGUAACUGGUGCUCAUAUGAAUCCAGCUAUGACUAUUGCUUUAGCUGUCUACAAGAAGUUUCCUUGGAGAAAAGUUCCGAUGUACAUUACAGCUCAAAUGUUGGGCUCAUUCAUUGCAUCAGCGGUUUGCCAUGCCAUCUAUAUCGAGGGUAUUAAUGCUUAUGAUGGUGGAGUUCGCCAAACGCCACCCCAUGUUAAUGCUACCGCUCAGAUCUGGGCAACAUAUCCACAACCCUAUUUGAGUACUGCUGCAGGAUUUUUCGAUCAGAUUGUUGGUACCGGCCUAUUAGCUCUAUGUGUCUUUGCAUUGGUUGAUGAUAAAAACUGGGCUCCUCCAGAUUACUUGAAGCCUUUACUUAUUGGCUUUGUUGUUUUGAACAUUGGCGAUACUUUUGGCUUAAAUUGUGGUUAUGCCAUCAAUCCUGCUCGUGAUUUUGCACCACGAUUGUGGACUUUAAUUGCUGGUUGGGGUACACCCACUUUUGUUAAUGGAAAUUAUUGGUUCUGGGUGCCCAUUGUCGGACCUAUACUCGGAGCUAUUGUUGGUGGUGGUAUGUACAUGUUUUUCAUCGAAAUGCGAUGGGACGAAAUCAGGAAAUCAUCGGUUGCUCCAGCUAAUGAAACUGAAUUAGAGCAAGUUCGAACCGAUAAAGAAGUAAAUGACGGCCGCAAUUAA